AAAACACACACACACACACACGGUUCUACGCUAAAAAGGCAUUUGUGCUCCGUUUCCAUCAUUUCUCUCUAUUUUGCGCUCAUCUUUUUGAAAACACAGUCACAGUUCUCUCUCUCUCUCUCACUGUUAGAGUUUGCUGUGCGUGAGAUUAAAAAAUGGCGGAAAUGCGCCCAGAUGAUUUUCCUCAGCCUAGGCUUGAGCCUGAGCCUCAGCUUUCAGCUCCACUUCAGCCUCAGCAGCGUCCCUCUACUUCUGCAGCGCCAUCCUCUUCUUCACGCCUUCCAGAACAGUUGAUGUACAAGAACCGUCUACAGGAAUACGCGCAAAGGUCGGCCAUUCAGUUGCCAAUGUAUAAAACUGUAAAUGAAGGAUCACAGCAUGCACCUAAGUUUAGGUCAACGGUGGUAGUGGAUGGACAGAUUUAUACCUCUCCAAACACUUUUUUACAGCGAAAAAUAGCCGAACAAGACGUUUCCAAACUUGCACUGGAGCACAUAUCAAAGAAGAUAAAGGAUGAAAGAUGUCCACUGACUCCGCUCGUUUGUGAGAAUACGGUAUUUUGCAAGUCUAUCCUUAACGAGUUUGCUGUCAAGAUGAAUCUGCAAAAGCCUAUUUACAAUACUAUUCAAACAGAAGGGUUGCCUCCAGUUUUCAUAUCUUCUUUGGUUUUCAAUGGUGUAUGUUAUAAUGGUGAACCUGGUAGAAACAAGAAGGAAGCUGAACAAUUGGCAGCACGCGCUGUCAUUCUCUCCCAUUUGGGUAAGUCUGGAUCAGGAAUAAUUCUUUCUGAAAUUAUUAAGUCUAAAGACAAACUCUAUGCUGCAUUGCAUAAAGUCAAGGAUAGAAGCCAUGCCAAUAUCAGUGCUGUACCCCAAGGUCCUAGCAUACGGGCCAUGGAAGUUGCAAUUCCAAGGGCUUUCUCAAGAACACAAGUUCGCACUGAACUCAAAGUACCACCACCUGAACCAUCAACUCAAUUGAUCAGCGCACAACCCUCAUCUCAAGCAGUCAAUUUACAAAGUGGAUUUGUGCUUGCUGAUUUACCAGAUCCUUCAGUUGUGGGUCCAAGUUCCUCAAAGAAGCGCCAAAAAAAUCAGAAAGAAGCUGAUAAGAAAUUGCAGUAUGACGCUCAGCGUGUGCUGGAUAUCAUCGAAGCUGGCAGGUUGUCACUUGCUGCCUUGCCUACGACUCAAGCCCCACCCAGUUCAUUAGCCUGAUAAAUAAACUUGCUCUUUUUUGUAUAUAUUGUGUAAGUAUUUAGUUUAGGUUGACUCAAAAACUCUCAUAUUGGGUUUUGUAAGACAUUAAUCCCUCCCUGUUAUGUGCUUCUUAACUAUUUGCUACCUGUUACUAUUAUGAAUGACCUGCCACAUCAUGUGGUAACAUAUUAGCCAUCUAGCUUAUUUUGUUGUUUGUUUCUUGUGUCAUGUCCCAGUGAACAUUGAGAAGGUAUUACAGUUUGGGUAAUGAUCAUAGGGUUGCUUCUGAUGUUA